UGAGCGUCCUGGCGUUGCGUUGAUCACGCAAAUCCACCAUUCAGUAGCUACUUUUCUUUAUCUAGCUGAGAAAACAUUACAGUAACACCAUGAGUAGUGAAAAAUACCCCCGGUCUUCCAUUGAAGACGACUUUAACUAUGGCACGAAUGUCGCUACAGCCAGUAUUCAGAUACGGAUGGACUUCCUCAGGAAGGUGUACACCCUCCUGAGCCUGCAGAUCAUUCUGACCACAGCCACCUCUGCCCUCUUCAUGUUCUCUCAAACCAUCAAGGAGUUUGUCCACACCAGUCCUGCGGUGGUUUUGGUCUCGGCUCUGGGCUCUCUGGUUCUUCUGCUGGCUCUGGCCAUGUACAGACACCAACAUCCAGUCAACCUCUACCUGCUGCUCGUAUUUACUCUGUUGGAAGCAGUUUCUGUGGCCACAGCAUUGACCUUCUAUGAAUACUCCACUGUGCUGCAAGCCUUGUUCCUGACCUGUGCUGUGUUUGCUGGAUUGACAAUCUACACGUUUCAGUCCAAGAGAGACUUCAGCAAAUUGGGAGCAGGACUGUUUGCCUGCCUGUGGAUCCUCCUCAUUGCAAGCUUCAUGAGGUUUUUCUUCAACAGUGACAGCACAGAGCUGGUCAUGGCCGGAGCCGGAGCCCUGGUCUUCUGCGGCUUCAUCAUCUACGACACCCACCUGCUGAUGAAGCAGCUCUCUCCCGAGGAGCACAUCCUGGCCUCCAUCAACCUCUACUUGGACAUUGUCAACCUCUUCCUGCACAUCCUUCGUCUCCUGGAUUCCAUGAAGAAGCACUGAGAGCUGAUGGAGCACUUCAUACUGCUUCACUCAGCUCAAUGGAAACCCACAGAUAUGCCUGUGCUGUGAUUACCUUGUGUUCAUGUGAGUUUCUGUCCUGGGGUUUAGCCAAACUUUGAUUUUAGAGAGGACUCUUCAUGAAAAAAAAAACCUGUCUGUGCAUCUGCACUUGCUUCAUCUGAAACCCCAAAAUACUGGUCAUGUUAGAAAAAGCUCAGUGACUGAAAGGUACACUACCUGAUUUUCUAUAGAGCCCACUAGCACCCCAACUGCCCCUUUUGCAACUCACCUUGUGUUUUUGGCCCUGUGCACACUUGGUAUUAACAUGCAACCUAGGUGAUCUGAUCUCAAGUGGACAGCUCUCAGUACACGUGUGAAUGAACACAAUGCGUCCUCGAUGUGUCUUAAGAUCUGAUCACUCUGACUACAUUUAGAGGUGGUCUGGGUGUCAUAUGGCCACAUUCUUUCAGCAGUGUUUAUGAAGGACUGCCUACUCAGCUGACGUCCUAGACAGAUUCCCACUGGAUAAUUAAACUUACGGUUGCUGGCUGCUGGUAGAUGCAACAUCUUCCUGGGCCGUUUAGAUAUAUAUACAGUUCUGUUAUUCAUUGCAUCCACACACUCUUGCAGCGCAGAGUGAGUGAAAGUUAAUGCCCUGAGUCUAAAAAGUUUGCGUUCACUCACAGCAGCUGCUCCUCUCAUCCAUCGAUCUGAUCAGCUUUGAUCGGAUCGACUGAUCAAUUAUUCAUCUUGCCACUGAAAAAUCCACAACAGCUGCUUAGGGAAAAAACAGAAGAGCUCUGCCUGCACUGUGUUCACAGACCCGCAAAAACCUUAGAAUUUAGAGAAGGGACACAGAUUGAUGUACGAUACACAGUCAAGAAAAAAACCCCUGAAAGAUAGAUGCGAAAGGUGUAUUUACAUGGAUAAUUCGUGGUGGUGUGUCAAACGCUUUCUCAGUCUCUUUGUCUUCAGAAUGUCUUGCCUUCGUCAUCUUUCAAAUGGUGUGCCUGUUCAGCUCAGAGGCCUUCCCAGCUCUCUCCCCAGGUGCGACGGGUGCUAGGUGUGAUGUCAGUGUUGACCCUGCCUCCUACCACUUGUCUAAAUCACACCCACAUCUACAAGACAUUCAUUAAACUACAAAUAAAGCUAUCAUAACAAGGACACAGCUGUUUUGGUGACAGUGUGCUAGAAGCUCUAUAACUUGCACAUUUUAUGCCAAGUUGGAUGAAGUGAUAUAGGACUGUCAAUUGUUCUGCCCUAGGUAAGGAGACAUGUUGAGUGCUGCUGACAGCGUUAUCUCCAGCUUUACUGACACAGCCACUAAUGUAACUAGCAAGCAUGGUAUGGAGUAGCUAGCAAAAGUGUGGAAGUAAUAACUAUGCGGGGCAGUUACGAAAGCUGAACAUAAGUGGUCAGCUGGAGAUGCAUUAUGAACAGCAAUAUGACUGUCUACUUGUAUUCAGAUCACCGAAAUGCAUGUUAAUACCAGGGGUCUCACUAAUAAACAUUGCAUACGCAAAAAAUGAGGCCUAAAAGAGGUGUACGCCACUUCCUAAGGAAAAGUUGCGAUCUAUAAAAACAGACUUGACGGGAGAAACUUUGACAUUUUGGAGACAGGAAAUUGGCGACGCAGAUUGUGAGGUGGAAGUCUGAUUGUAGAAAUUGUCUUUUUUUUUUUUUUUUGGCGCACAGCAUUUUUGGCUUAUGUCCGUAUGUACAUUUUUAGUAUGGAUCCUACUUACUGUUUUAUAAAUGAGAACCCAGGUCUAAGCAGGCUCAGUGAUUAAGAGAGCUGCAGUCAGCCUGUUCGUUUUCUCUUGCAGUGCCUCUUUUUACACAGUGACAAUGUUUUUAUUUUGGUUGACAAUCGCUUCAGUGAACAUUGCUCAAACAAGAGGAAACAGUGCAUUUUUUGGGAUUGAUCUAUAUUUUAUGCCACUGUAUGUGGGAUUAAGUCAAAAUAAAGUACAUUGGAGCAUUUUGUCAUAUGAGGCACUAGUAGACGCUGUAACAAAUUUAAAGUGCAUUUCUCAGAGUAUAUGUUUUUAACAGUGUCUCUCUGGUUGGUUUCAUAUCUAUCAUUCCAUUAAUUUAUUCUCAGAUUGAAUUUAUUGUUGAAUGUUUUCAGUGUUGUCAAAAAGAGGUAGUUAAUAUUCUAUUGGUAUCACUGCACCCCUUUCAUAGUUCACAUCUGCUACUGAUGUACAACAGCAAGAAGAUGAUUAAUUCGAAGUAAGUGCAUGCCCCGGGUUUAUUGAUAUCUGUGAUUGUACAUAAUUUAAUGGUGUAAAUGUAACAGUGUACAGUUUAAUAUUGAAGUUAGUGAAGAGUAAAAUCUAAAGACUAUAUUGUACUAUGUAAUUCUAUUUGUGCAAUCUCAAGCUAUGGGGCAUGGAUAAAUGCUUUAUUUGUUCUUAAUAAGGGAUUUAAUUAAAAGACUACAUGCAUUGUGUUUUAUUUCCAAACUACAGAAGUGUUUGUCUAAAAUGACAUGUAAUUGACUCUUGGUUUUGUAUUACAUUUACAGCAGAUUUGUCUUUCUCUUAUUGUUUGUUUUGUUAAUUAGAAUUAUGCUGAUAUUUGUUUGCCCUUUAACUGCUGUAAACUCUGUUGUCAAACAUUCUUUAUAGAGUGGCCACAGUCGUGAAAAUAAAGAUUGCUAUAUUUUCCAAAUGGAAAAAGUAUGAGGGAAAGUACAAA